AUGUGUACUACUUGGCGGCGCCGAAGAAACAAAGGCACGUCUAACCCGGUGUGCACGCAGUGCUCACCGUGCGCGGAAGGCGAUUCGUUUGAGGUGUCUGCGUGCUCUGCGACUGCCGAUACGCAGUGCCAGUCGUGCACCACAUCCUCCGACUGUGACCUCAACCAGUACCUCUCGCAGCCCUGCACGCUGUCGACCGAUGGCGUGUGCACACGCUGCACACAGGUGGGCGACUGCGACUCUGGCUUCUACCUCGACGGCGUGUGCACAGAGACGCAGGACGCCUCGUGCCAGCCAUGCCACCCGAGCUGCACAGAGUGCGAGGACGGCACUGCGCAGGGCUGCACCGCCUGCCCCGAGACGCUUGCGCUUGAUCGCAUUGGCUUUGGUAACGUCGGUUCCUGCGUCAGCUCGUGCCCGCCCGGCCAGGCUGAGGAUGUGGCAGCCAACACGUGCGAAAACUGUGACAGCAGCUGCGCCACGUGCUCUGCGCCUGGCGACGCCACCAAGUGCACCUCGUGCACGGGUGUCCUCUUCCUCACCCCGAGUGGCACCUGUUCCUCAUCCUGCCCAGCUGGCAUGUACGGCAACGCCACCACCAACACCUGCGUGUCCUGCACCGCCUGCGACACGUCCUCCUCCUACGAGAGCAGCCCGUGUGGCGGCACAGACAACCGCGUAUGCUCCGACCUCACCAUGUGCCCGCCAGGAACACACGUGAUUCAGCAGCCAACAGCAACCAGCGACCGUCGCUGCGGUGAUUGCGGAGAAGGCACGUACCAGCCAGCCUCCAACCAGGCCAUCUGCAUUGUUUGGGCCGAGUGCCACCCGCAGGAGCAGUACGAGUCUGUCGCGCCAACAUCCACCUCCAACCGCGUGUGCACAGAUCUCACAGAGUGCACACCUGGUGCCGAGUUCCAGCUCACCGCGCCCACUGAGACUUCGGAUCGCGUCUGCAAGGCCCUCACCACGUGCAAGGCCAACCAGUGGCAGUCCAUGGCUCCAACAGCGACCACGGACCGCCAGUGCACAAACUUGACCGUGUGCGCUGCAACCGAGUACCAGUCCAUGGCUCCCACAGACACAUCUGACAGGCAGUGUGAACCCAUCACCCAAUGCCAGGCGCACGAGUACGAGAAGACGGCUGCCACCCCCUUCAGCGAUGCUGUGUGUGAGGCCAUCCGCAACUGCACGCAGAACGAGUACCAGACACAAGCGCCAACAGCCACGUCCAACCGCGCGUGCGCUCCGCUCACCACAUGCGACUUUGAGACGCAGUACAUCUCCACGCCGGCCACCCCAACCUCCAACCGCGUGUGCUCCGCCCUGCGCUCGUGCUUCCAGCACGAGUUUGAGUCGCAGCCGCCAACCACAACCACCAACCGCGCGUGCACGGAGUGCGCCAUGUGCGGCUCCACGCAAUACGAGCGCGCAGACUGCACCGCCAACACCAACCGCGUGUGCGAGGACCUCACCCAGUGCAAGGCGUCGCAAUUUGAGGCCGUGCUUGCCACCCUCACCUCGGAUCGCGAGUGCAGCAACUGCACUGUCUGCGGAGACAACAGCUACACCGUGAGCCCGUGCAGCAACGUCGCCGAUACCGUUUGCGAUGGCUGCACCACCUGCCCCAUGGGCUCGUUUGCUGCCGCAGCGUGCACCGCGACCAGCGACACAGACUGCCAGGCGUGCGCCACGUGCGACGCAGGCUUUUUCGUCUCCUCGCCCUGCACACAGGGCUCGAACACGCAGUGCACGCGCUGCACCACGUGCCAGCCGGACGAGUACCAACAGGUGGCUUGCUCGGCCAGCGCCGACGCCCUGUGCCAGACCAUCACCAACUGCACCCAGUCCCAGUACCAGGUGAGCGCGCCCACGGCCACCACCAACCGCGUGUGCAGCGCUGUGCGCGAGUGCACCGCUGGGCAGGAGUACGAGACGCAGGCUCCGACGGCCACGUCCAACCGCGCCUGCGCCCCGCUCACCACAUGCGACUUUGAGACGCAGUUUGAAUCGCAGGCGCCAACAGCAACGAGCAACCGCGUGUGCACGCCGCUGUCGUCGUGCGACGCUGAGACGCAGUACGAGACCCAGGCACCGACACAGACGUCUGAUCGCGAGUGCGAGGGCCUGGCGACGUGCGUUGCGGGCGAGUUUGUUGCCACGCAGCCCACGCCGACGUCGAACCGCGUGUGCGCCAGCUGCCCCGCAGGCACGACAGACCAUGACAGUGACAGCGAGACGGCGUGCGUUGCGUGCCCGGCGGGCCACUUUUCAAGCGCAGGCUCCAUCGGCCCUUGCUCGCUGUACAUGUGCCCUGCUGGCACCGCCGACACGGACAACAGUGCCAGUACCCCAUGCGAGGCGUGUGAUGGCACUUCGUCGUUCCAGCCCGCAGCGGGCCAGGCCGCAUGCUUGCAGGCGACCACGUGUGUGGCUGGCGAGGAGGAGCAGGACGCGCCAACCGCCGUGAGCAACCGCGAGUGCAGGCCAUGCCAGCUCGGCGUCACGUACAAGGCACAGCCGGGCCAGAACACCACCUGUGCAGCGGUGCGCACCUGCUUGGCUGGGGAGGAGCAGACGCUUGCGCCCACCCUCUCCUCCAAUCGCGUGUGCACCACGUGUGGCCCCGGCACCUUCAAGGCCGCUGCUGGCCAGGCCCACGGUCUUGCAUCGCCACCCAGAACCUGCGCCCCAGGCUUCCAGGAGUCUGUUGUGCCGACACCGGCGAGUGAUCGCCAGUGUGAGGCGUGCCCUACCGGCACCUUCAAGUCCACCACGGGCCAGGCCACUUGCACGGCCCACGCCACGUGCGACACCGACACGCAGUACCAGACAAAGGCGCCUACCACGUCGACCAACCGCGAGUGCGGCCCGCUCACAGACUGUGGAACCGGCGAAUGGGAGGAGCGUGCACCAACAGCAACGAGCGACCGCGUGUGUGAGCUGUGCGACUCGUGUGAGGAUGAGGGCCUGACACAGGCCACCGCUUGCACGGAGACCGCCAACACCGUGUGCGAGAACUGCGACACGUGCAGCCCGGGCUUUUUCGUGUCGUCGCCGUGCACGUCCGUGUCUCAGACUGAGUGCAUGGAAUGCGCAGAGUGCGGUGCCGACCAGUACCAGACACAGGAGUGCCGCGUGUCGACAAACACACAGUGUACACCGCUGACCACGUGCACCGCGAGCCAGUAUGAGACAGUUGCUCCCACUGACACCUCCGACCGCGAGUGUGCUGCGCUGACAACGUGUGUCGUUGGGCAGUACGAGUGCGUGGUGCCCACGGAAACCUCCAACCGGCAGUGCUGCGCCAUUGCUCAGUGCGACGUGGGCGAGGAGGAGGCCGUGGCGCCAACAGCGACCAGCAACCGCCAGUGUCAAAACUGUACAGCCGGCACCACGGACGACGAUGCCAACGGCGCAACACCAUGUGUGCAGUGCCCAGCCGGCACGUUUGUGCCCGAGGGCCGCACCGGCGACUGCAGCGCAUACCGCUGUGCACCGGGCACUGUCGACGCCGACCAGCUGCCCAGCACGGCAUGCACCCCUUGCAGUAGCGGUGUCUCGUUUGCACCGACAUCUGGUCUCACGGCGUGUGUUGCCGUGUCGGACUGCCCCGCCGGCGAAGAGGAGUCUGUGCAGCCCACGCUCUCCAGCGACCGCGUGUGCACCGUGUGUGCUGCGGGCACCUUCAAGGAGGACGCUGGUCAGGACGACUGCAUGACAGCAUCGACGUGUGCAUCAGGCACGCAGUACGUUGCCCAACCGCACACGCCCACCAGCAACACCGUCUGCGCCAACGUGACGCAGUGCACAGCCACCCAGUACCAGACGGUUGCUCCCACAACCAUGUCUGAUCGCCAGUGCCGCAACCUGACGGUGUGCGAGGCCAACGAGUACGAGACUCGUGCCCCCACCGCCACCACGGACCGUCAAUGCGCCACCGUUCGCGCCGCGUGCAGCAUGGACGAAUUCGAGAGUGCUGCGCCGACGGCCACCAGCGACCGCGAGUGCACGCAGCUCACGACGUGCCGCGCGCAGCAGUACGAGGCACGCGCACCCACGCCUUCAACGGACCGUGAAUGCAUCUACUGGACAAACUGCACAGCAGCCCAGUUCCAAGUCACCGCACCCACAUCGGUGUCGGACCGCGUGUGCGCCAACCUGACAGUGUGCACUGCCACUCAAUUCGAGGCCGUUGCUCCCACAACCACAACAAACAGGGUGUGUGAGGCGUGCACGGAUUGCCCUGGGGGCACGCACUACGAGAUGACCCCCUGCACGGCGUCUGCGGAUGCCACCUGCGCCAUGUGCAGCACGUGCAGCGGAGACACGUACGCCUCAGCAGCAUGCAGCGAGACGGAUGACACCACAUGCACUGCAUGCACGCAGUGCGUUGACGGCAGCACGUUUGAGUCUUCGCCGUGCUUGGCGCAUGACGACCGCGUGUGCCUGCCCUGCACCGUGUGCAACGUCACAGAGUACAUUGAGCAGACGUGCAGCGCAACCAGCGACACGCAGUGCCUGCCGUACACGACGUGCGACCUGGACCAGUUUGAGUCGCAGGAGCCCACGCGCUUCCAGGACCGCGUGUGCACGCAGCACACCAUGUGCACCCCGGAUGUGCAAUACGAGAUUGUGGCCCCGACUGCCACCACGGAUAGGCAGUGCGAUGACCUGAGCACGUGCACGGCGCAGCAGUACAUCAGCACCGCGCACACGGCCACUAGCGAUCGCGUGUGCAGCGCGCUGCGCCAGUGCACGUCGUCUGAGUUUGAGCUUGUUGCGCCCACAACGACGUCCAACCGCGUGUGCCAGCGCCUCACGGUGUGUGACCCGGAGACAGAGUACGAGAGCGUGCCCGCAGGGCCAGCGCGUGACCGCGUCUGCGCGCCCCUCACCGUCUGCUCGCCACUGGAGUACGAGAGCGUCGCACCCACGCCGACGAGCAACCGCCAGUGUGAGGAGCAGGUCCUGCCCCCGCUUUCACCGCUCGCCAUAUUCUCUGCCUCUGGCGGCCUUGCGCUGACGUCCGAGACCACAUACGCAGAGAGCACUUCUGCCCAGACCGCCGUCCUGCUCCAGGGCACCACAAACGGCGAGGAGGGCACGGGCCCCGUGUUCUCCGCCUCUGUUGGCGAGGCGUCCACCUCGGCCUCGCUCGAGACGACCCGCCCAGCGCCGGCGGCUGUGCGCUUUGAGCUCGCCGCCGCAGGCACCAUCUACGAGGACGACCCGUGGGUCCGCGGUGUGCUGCAGGUUUCGACGCCAGCCAACGUGGUGCCCCGCGCCACGGCCAUGGACGUGACCGUCCGCCUCGACGCCGAAAACGCUACCUCCGUCUCCUGCACCACCAACGCCCACGGGCUGUGCUCCUUUGCGCUGCGCGUGCCGAGGGGCUGGUACACGCCCGGCGUGGACGCCACGGCCAAUGUGACGUUCGCCUUCCAGGAGGCCGCGCUGCAGGGCGCCGUCGCCGUUCAGGGUCAGUCCAGCCGUCUCGUGACGCUUGCGUCCUCGGCCGUGUUUGUGCCAGACAACGACGUGUACGUGCGCCUGCCCAACCGGGACGUCCGCGCGGGCGAGACGCUCGAGCUGGAGGUGCUCUCACGCACCGCGUUCCCCAUUGCCUCGUUCGCCGCCGUCGUCACCACCUCGGACGACUCGCGCCUGCGCGUGAACAGCCUCGGCCUCGACUUUGCCUCGUGGACCGGCACCAGCAAGGCGCCCUCCACCACCUCCGCAGCCGUGCUGGGCAUUGCCUCUGCCUCUGCCCGCCUCUCCGGGCCAGCGGGCGGCGACCAGCUCCUCUUCACCAUCAGCGUCUCCGUGCCUGCGAGCGCCACCCCUGGCCAGGCCAGUAUCGACAUCAUCCUGCACUCGCUGGACAACGCCAAGGGCGAGGGCAUCCGCCCUGGUGACCGCGCGCUGCCGGCCCGCGUCGUGUUUGUCGACCGCCAGGGCGCGGACGCCACCAACCAGGGCGUUGUCACCGUCAGCGGCGCUCAGAGCCAGAGCAUCUUCGCCGCCCCCGUCUCCACGCUCCUCGCAUACACGCCCACCAUCUCUGGCGUGGCUGCCCUGCACCACGUGGAGCUGUUCACCAUGCGCGAGUCUGGCGGCCUGGAGGCCCUGGAUGCGGCCGACGUCACCUGCUCCUCCUCGCACCCGGCCGUCGUGGACGUCACCCCCACGUGCCACCUCAAGCUGGGCGCCUCCAGCGACCUCAACGCCUACGCCGCCACCAUCACCGUGACGCUCGAUGCCGACGCCGGCGUGACCACCGCCUUUGACGUGCGCGUGCUGCGCCCUGCCCUGCCUGUGCAGCUGACUGUGGAUGACGCCGAGCUCAACGCCGUGACCGGCUGGCUGGACGAGUCGAGCAACUGCCGCCAGCUGUACCAGAAGACCCGCGUGCGCGCGUUUACCAGCUUUUCCGACGACAGCGGCCUCGUGGUUGACAACAUUGAUGUGACCAAAUACGUGACGAUGCACGUGAGCAACGACGGCGUGGCCACGCUGUCCACACCCACGCACGCCGGCCACGACUUUGCCGGCGUGUAUGUGCAGGGCUUCCAGCCAGGCACCGUGCAGGUGUCGACCACCGUGCAAGGCCUUGCCUCCUCCGUCUCCGUGGUCGUGUCCAGCACCCCCGUCGUCGCCACCCGCCUCGACAUCACCCCCGUGGUCAGCCUGGGCUUCUCCCCUGCCCUGCCCUCGGAGCUUGCGUCGCAGGCCGCCCUCGCUGCCACGCUGCAGGUCUCCAGCACCUUCACCGCCACCAACCAGCACGCGCCCGUUGGCGCCAGCGUCGUUCUGUCGGACGCCACCCGCUUGGAGCUUACCGCAGCCGAUGGCGUGCGCCUCGUCUCCGAUGACGCGGAGGUUAUCGAGGUGCAAGGUCUGGCCCUCGUGGUUCGCUCCCAGGUGCAGACGGCCAGCGUGCCCGUGCUUGACGCGUCCUGGUCGUCGGGCGCCUGUGCUGCGCAGCCCAUCAUCUCCCGCGCCGUGCCCGUGUCGCUGAGCCUGCCCACCGUCGCCAGCAUUGCCGCGUCCACGGAGCGCACCGUGCUUGCUGCCCCGGACAGCGCUGCAGCGGCCGCGCCGUUCAUGCACGCGUCUUCCACGCCCGUUUUGCUCACCGCCACGCUCACCGGCGGCGCCCGCCUGGACCUCGACGAGACAGACAGCCUCGACAUUGUGUCGCCCUCCGAGCUGGCUGUCACGGAGACGUCGACGGGUCUCCUCGUCACAGUGGCCAGCGGCGCCGCGCCGGGCGUGUACCACGCCAUGGUCACCUACGAGACGGCCAGCACCAACAUCAGCAUCUCCGUCGUGGAUGUUGCCGCCCUGCACGUCACAUGCCGCCUGCACGCCAACGGCCACACGUCACAGGCCGAGGCUGGCGUGGUUGCCUCACUCGCGCCCUUCCAAGGCCUCAGCCCGGCCACGUUCCAGGCGUGCGCCGUGGACGUGCGCGGUGUGCUCAGCACAGAUGGCGGCGCCACGGCCGUGCAGACCACCGACGACGUGGCUGCCAGCGCAACCAUCUCUGCCGUCAGCGGUGCGCUUGCCGUGACGGGCACGAUCGUCUCCGUGGCCAGCCCGACAUCGCCCGUGCUUGGCCAGGCCGCCGUGGACGUCUCCGUUGUCGGUGUGACGACGCAGCUCACGCUCACCGUGUCCUCGACGCCGGUGUCCGUUGCCAGCGCCACCCUCACCUUCCCCUCGCAGCUGCGUGGACUCGCGCAGACGACGUCCGUCACGCCAGAGGCUGCCGUCACCUUCUCGGACAGCAGCGUCUUCGACAGCGCCGCGGUCCUGCCUGCCGGCCUGGUUGAGUUUAUGCUGGAGGAGCCGGCGCCGCUUGGCGCGACCGGUGCAUCUGCCAGCUUGCUGAGCGCAGCCACGGGCGAGGUGCGCCUGCUCGGCAACAGCGUCGAGAGGUUGUCGCUCUUCCUGGUCACCGUGGACGCUACGUCGCCCGUGGUCCUGGCAGAGGCCUCGUUUGCCUGUAACCUGCUGCCUGCCGAGGGCGAGGUGGACUUUGGCGUCAACAGCGGGCUUGCCCUGUCCGGCGCCACCGCGGGCUCGCUGCUCAGCUUUGAGGUGCGCGCCAACGCCGGCUCCGCGGACAUUGACCGCCUCGUGUUUGACGUCCUCUUCAACGCGUCGCUCGUGGACUUUGUCACGGCGGGCGCCGGCUCGGACUUUGUUGGGGCCGUGAACGCCUUCUCGUCCACGCUGCCGCAGGAGGAGCAGGCCGCCUUUGCCACGCACUUUGUGCGCGUGACCGCAGAGCCCAACGCCGGCGUGUCUGGCGUGCCCCACAUUGCCACCAUCACCUUCACCGUCAAGGCCGACACGGCUGAUGAGCAGGUCUUCUUCGCUGGCCGCGUGGCUGCCUUCACCUCCCGCGCAGGCGGCGCCAUUGCCGUGGGUGCGUCCGAGUCCACGCCCAUCGUCUCACCCGCCGCGUCCAUCUCCACGGUGAUUGAGGCGCCCUCGGUGAUGAACCGUCGCCGCCGCCGCCGUCGUCGUGACGUGGCCACCACGGCCUGCCCGACCCCGCCGUGCGCCGUGUGCCCGAACGGCGACACGCACCAGACAGGCGAUGUCAACGCCGACUGCGUGUUCACCCUCGACGACGUCACCUUCUUCAUGGACGCGUACCUCGAGACGCUGCUUGACCCCAACUACUUCAGCACGCUGCUUCCUGUACAGCAGGAGCAGCUCGAUGCGGACCAGGACGGCACCAUCGGCGUUCUGGACGUGGAUCUCCUGUCCCGCGUGCUCUCCAAGGACGUGCGCUUUGUGCGCGACGUCAUGGUUCAGCCCGUGGACACGAGCAACGGCUGCCGCCUCGAGGUUGCGGUGCGCGUGUUUGGCGCCGGCAACGUGCCCGCCCUGCCCGGCUCGACGCACGUCUUCUUUGACGUGGAGUCCAUGUCCGCUGGCUUUGACACCCUGUUUGAUGCGUCUGUGGUCGAGGUUGGCCAGCGCAUCAACGUGGACAAGGGCUCGAGCUCGCUGCAGGGUGGCCUGUGGCAGGCGGCGCACCUCGGCGGCGACGUGUACGGUGUCGUCGUGCGCACCCCCAUUGCCUCGGAGGACAUGCACGGCAUCACCGUGUUCCAGCUGACCAGCGUCAACACCACAAGCGGCAGCGGCGGCUUUGUUGGCGUGAGCACCGACGCGCUCAGCUUCACCUGGAGCGGCCCGCGCGUGCCGCCCUUCAACUUUGCCGGGUACGACUUUGAGCUGACGGUGCCAACGAUGCCGCCGUUCCAGUUUGUGCGCACGGCCGGCUACAACCCGUUUGCCACGUUCACCAACGAGCAGGCGACGGCGAGCUGCCACGCCACAACUUCGUGCACGGCAUCCGAGUACGAGACGGCGGCCCCGACAGCCACGUCCAGCGCCGAGUGUAUGCCCAUCAGCACCUGCGACGCAGAGGAGUACGAGACGGAGGCGCCCACGGCAACCACGGACCGCGAGUGCGUGAACCGCACCGUGUGCAACGUGCCCGUCGAGUACCAGUCGUCUGCCGGCAACGCCACGGCCGACCGCACGUGCACCAACGUCACCGUGUGCCUGGAGGGCGAGAUUGCGCUGCUGGAGCCCACGCCCACCUCGGACCGCGUGUGCCGCCUCGACGCGCCCUGCGACUACAACAUGUACGAGAGCGUGCCCCUCACCCUGACCACGGACCGCGUGUGUCUGCCCGUGUCCGAGUGCGACCCGGGCUUUGAGGAGACGGCGGCGCCCACGGCCACGUCUGACCGCGAGUGCUCCCUCAUCGACUACUGUGCAAACGACCCCUGCCAGAACAACGCCACGUGCGUCAGCUCCACGCAGCUGCUCACCUUUGUGUGCAACUGCCCUCCGGGAUUCACGGGCACGAUGUGCGAGUAUGCCGACGCGUGCGGUUUGCUCGGCGAUCAGAACCCGUGCGCGCCGGGCUCGCAGUGUGUGAAUGACGCCGGCGGCAUCCGCUGCGAGUGUGCGUUGGGCCAGGCGUGUGGGUGCUGCGACGGCUUUACCUUCCUGUCCUGCUCCCUGCAGACGCUGCCGGACACGGGCUCGUACUGCUCCGACCCGGCGACGGUGGCCGAGGACCUGGACAACCUGCAGUCGCGGCAGCAGCAGCAGAGCAGCGCCACUGGCGAGUCGCUGGGCAUCAUUGUCGGCGGCGUGCUGGGCGGCCUUGCGCUGCUGGUGCUGGCGGUGCUGGCGGUGACGUCGCUUCGCCGCCGCAGCCGCGACAAGUCUGAGGCGCUGGUCAAGUACGAGCAGGAUCCAUUCAGCGGCAUGCUCACCAGCAUGCGCAACCCCGUGUUUGCGCCGGCGUCGCAGUACCUGGCGGCGUUCAAGCGCGUGGUGUGCUUCUCGUUCCUGCGCUACAACAAGGACCUCGUGCUGACGGAGCCUGCGGAGGAGCUGGGCACGGUGUACGACAUUCUCAUGGUGCCGCGCCCGCCCAAGCGCACGCUGCCCACGCUCAAGGAUGACACAAACAUGUUCAUGGAGGCCAAGGUCUCCGAGAACGAGCGCUCGCUCGACGAGGUGGUGGACUUCCUGAGCCUGGCUCUGGCGGACCUGGUCAUGGAGGAGGCCAUCGACACGGCCGCCAAGGAGCAGAGCAACGGCACGCGCCCGUACCGCGCCAACGUGCCCAACGACGCCUCUGGGCUCAUCCCGAAGCGCUGGGCGGCGUACCUGGACCCGAUUACGGGCCAGGUGGAGGAGCCCGCGUACGAGGACGCCAGCCUGCUGCGCGGCGAGUUUGAGGACGACGAGUUUGCUGUCGACGGCAGCGUGAGCCCGCUGACGUUUGCGCAGGCGGAGCGCUUCCUGGCGCGCCGCGUGACCAUGCGCAAGUCGCAGAUGCAGCGUGGCGGCGCCCGCGACAACGCGUUUGUGUACGACAUGGGCGCCUUCAGCGGCGACGACGACAACGAUGAGACAUACUCCACGGCCAACAUGGGUGACGAGCCCGAGCGCAUGUACGAUGUCGGCAGCAGCGACGGCUUUGGCGAGCCCGUGUACGACGAGGGCGACGGAGAAGGCGGCGUGCAGGACACGUAUGCCUUUGCCAGCAACCCUGCUGCACUGGAUGACCUCGAAGACUUCGCGGACGAGGAGGCCACGUACGACAUGGCAGACGCCGACACGCAGAACGCGGUGCGCCGUGGCAAGUCCAAGAAGGAGAUUGAGGCCAUGUACUCGCGCGCCAACAAGGCGUCGGUGCGUGAGCCCAACUACGACAACGCCGCACCAGGCAUGCCUGGCGAGCACGACGACGACGACUACGACAGCGCCAACAACCUCGGCCUCUCCGACGAGGAGGAGGACGGCGGGCCAGACUACGACAACACACUGCCCUCCGGGACGUACGAUGUGCGCACGAUGCUUACCUCUGGGCUGAACGAUGACGGCGAUGAUGAUGGUGCAGAGCCACAAUACCUUGGCGGCAACGGUUCGCGGCGCCGCGGGUCGGAGCCCGAGCCUGUGUACGACCAAGGGGAUGGCGAUGUGCUGGGCGCGCUGCCAAGCUUCGACGAGCCAGACUACGACCUCGGCAACGAGGCACCCGGCGCAGAGGAGAGCGGCGAGCGCGACCCUGCGUACGACAUGGCCACCGCUGAGGGCGACUCUGCCGGUGACACGACGGGCCUGAUGAACACGGACCCGGACUACGACAUUGGCGACGCCCCUGCGCAGGAAGAGGAAGGCCUCGUCAGCGAGCUGUUUGAUGAUGAAGAGGAGCACGAGCCCACGUAUGCGUUUUCUCAGCCACGCAACACCUCUGUGCGUCCCCGCGCCCUGCGCAGCCUUCACGGCCGCACCCGCCCCGAAUCCCUUGACGGCUCCAGCAUCUAG